AUGCUGCACGUGUCGCUCCUGCGAGAUGUGGAGAAGCGCGUGCUUCGGCGCCGGAAGGAGCGACAAACGCAGAAGAGCAACCAACAGACACAGAAAGAUAAACAAGAGCUCAGAGAUAUUGUAAUUGAGUUGCCAAAGUUGUACGAACGAAACGACAAGGAAGUUAUCUCCGCUUUGGUUACUAGUUACCUAGAUAGAAACCCUAAGAGUAUCCUUGCGUAUGAACUCUUCACUAAAUUUUAUGUGAAAAUAGGAGAUUACAAGUCUGCUCUUAAUCUACUCUAUGCCGCCUUGUACCUUGACCGUAAAAAUGAGAACCUGGCUAGUUUGUUGAGAUUCUGUGAGGAGCGCCAGGUGAGCAAGGAGGCGAGGAUCCCCACCAAGUACAAGGAACGAAUAUGUUAUGCGGAGAGGCGGAAGGAACAUGCCCUUCCCGUACCUUCCGCAACCGAGUUGGGCGAUGAAGAAAGCGAUGAUAACGAUGAAAUAAGCGAUAGGAGCAAGGUUGAAAGUGGCAAAUACUCUGAAGAACGGUCAGCCAAACUGAGUCAUGAUAAAAGGAACCAGACCAAAGGGCAUGUGACGCUCGCCAAGAGAGACAUGGAGCCAGGUGAAGUGGUGCUUCAAGUGAAACCACUAAUACUUACCCAACACAUCUUCUCCAAUAACUACGUCUAUCCAACCUGUUACCAUUGUUUGAGAGAAAGAAGCCUAUCCCAUAAAUGCUACCAAUGUCCAGUGAAUCCACACACAUGCACACAUAUUUUUUGUAGCUGGAAGUGCUUAGCACAAAAUAUGAAAGUACACAUGGAAGAGUGCCCACUCCUUCCCAUCAUCUCGUCUGCGGCUAAUGAAGCAAAUCUAAUGAUUCAUUUGGUACUUCACAUAUUUCGUGUCCUGAUAAAAUUAAGAAUUGAUAAAGAAUACAAGGAUAAGGAAGAACACAUUCUGAAGGAACUUUUCACAAAUGAAUCCUUCUACCAAGUGGUUAAGGAGAACCAAGUUGAUAUAUUUAAUUCAUUUAACACUUUAGCGAAUAGAAUUAUUUUAGAGUUUCCCUCGUCCUUCUAUCUUCACCUGAAACAGAAGGAGCUUGUGGAGUUUAUGCUAAUCGUAUGGCAGUACUCUCUCUCGGUUAAGUAUUACUCUCCUUCUUCUAUUAUUAAGCAAGCCAACCCUGAAACUACCUUUGGAUUAGUUUUUUCUCCAGAAAUAACUAAACUCCAUCACAGCUGUGUUCCUACCUGCUCCUUCUAUUAUGGGGAAGAUGGAGUUCUAACGGUCAGAACUAUAUGUAACAUACCGCAAGGAGGGAAACUGUGCAUAAGUAUUUUAUCGGAUCAGUAUAUUCCCCUGAGAGUUAGAAAGAGCUGUAGAAGUAUGGCUCGGAUUUUCGGUUGUGGGUGCAUUAGGUGCGCCGACUCAACGGAAAAUAAUUUGCACCUUAGGAGUAUAAAGUGUCCUAGGUGCAUUGUGGGAUAUAUCUACCCGAUGAAGACGGAGGCGCUCAUCGAGGCACUCAACAUGGAGGGAGGAAACGCACUUGGUAAGGGAAAAGAACGUGGGAAGGUUGGCAAGGUUGAUGCACUCGAUGGGGCAAAACAACCAGAUCAUGGAAAAGAUACAGUUAAAGAUAUAGCACGGAAACUGGAGGGAGACGCAGAGAGGUGGCUGUGCUCAAACUGCGGGAAGUUAACCGUCCAGGGAAAUAGGCGCUUCAUUCGUUUGGAGAGAAAUAUCUACGCUCAGUAUCAAGACGCAGAGAAAAAGUAUAUGCAAGGAGAUAUCAUCCAGGCGAAGAAGAAGCUCCUACAAAUAUACAACGAGGUGCAGUAUCUACUUCACCCGAAUCAUCAUAUCCUUUUUAAUGUGUAUACGCUACUAGCAGGUUUGAUGAAACACGAUCCUAAAGGACAAUUGUAUGAAGCUCUAAUAUUUUUACGCAAAGCAAUAAUAGCAGCGGAGAAUGUACUCCCUGUGUGUUCACUUGAGAAGGUCCACCUGUACGCACAUCUGGCUCACUACACAUUUGACUACUCCAAUCACUGCAAGUUGUACAUGAAAACUGGGCAGAUAGAUGCAGAAUCUGUUAUAGAACCCAUUUUUGCAUCUAUCUGGAAUGCAGCAGUAACAACAGGAUAUAAUUCAACCCUGACAAUCACGCUAAUCCAACAAAUGAGGGCAUAUGCCAUCCUUUUCAAUCUCUACACUCCAUACAACGAGAUAGAGUUCUACAUUAACAAGAAGGAAGAGUUUACUAUGUUCUACCACCAUGUGACACAAAAAAAAAAUGAAUCGUAUAGGCAAAUAAAAAAAAUUAUGAAGGAAGAUCCAUUCUACCCCAUCUACAUGGCAUGUCAAUGUUUUAACAUAGAUUAUGGAACACAGAAAUAUGUCUCUCACAUUUUCAAACUAUUCAAACAUAUGCAAUAUGUUGGCAAUGGACAGAAUGCACUUUCCAUUGCUGCAUCCGUAGGGAACGUAGAAUUAGUAAAGGUACUCCUAAAGUUAAACUAUUCUCCAUUUUAUAAGAAUGAACUACAUAUGAAUGCUCUUCUACACAUGGCCAGUUCAUUCCUUCCAUCUGAGGAGCAGAACCAUUACUCUCAUUACAUCCCCAUUUUGUUAGAAGAAAUACAAUCUCAGAAGGUGGAACUGGAUAAUUUCGAAUCUGAUUACGCCAGGUUAUUACAUGGGGAGGGCGCACAGAAAAGUGGAGAGGGAACCAAAUUAAUGUCUAUGAAGGAUGGACACUCCAAUUUGCAUCACUGGAAGAAUGAUCUAGAAAGACCAUUCCCCUUUGAGAACCUCCUCGAGGAUGAAGAGUUCAUAUACGGACCAGAUAGCCGUAGGUUAGACAAUAACCAGAAAAUUAUCCUUACCAUACUUCUCAAACAUUUGGAUGCGAAGCAGAUGUACAAGAGGAGGAAGUACAAAGAAAAGGUUAUCCUCAAUGAACGCAUUAACCUCGCCGCUUCAGGUGGACGCCCUAUGGACGUAACGAAUCAACCAUAUGAAGUGAACAGUGAAGGAGAGCUAGUCUUGGAUCCGCCGCCUAGCUACAUCGGUAGCAACAACAGGAAGGGCAAAUACGAUCACGAAGAAGACGAAAAAGACGAAGAAGGAACAGAAGAAAGCAUCCUCUACACAGGGAUAAGAACCGAAUACGACACGGCUGGUCAGCGUAGAAGGGGAGAUACCUUGAGAAGUGACAAAGACAUAGAUUCAUCAAAAAGUGACGACCUAAAGGAGAAAAAAAAAAAAUUCUCUUUGUAUCAUACAAGGAGAAAAAGCAAUUCAGAGGGAAGUUGCACCUCUCCCAUGUGUAGUACCUUCGAUUCUGGUAAAUCGGAUGAUGUUCUAAACAACAAGGUGAAACAUUACUAUGUGCAGAAGAUUUUGACGAAGUCUAUUUCGCAUAAACUGCUAGGCAUGAACAAUGCACUUCACUACGCAUGCAUAAGGGGAAAAAGAAAGCUAGCAAAACAGUUAAUGGUUUGUGGAGUGCCAGUAAAGCUAAUGAAUAGCGAAGGUAGUACAGCCUUGCACAUGGCUUCUCUAAGCGGACAAGACGAAAUUGUAAAGAACCUACUAGAAUAUCAAAUUGAAGUGGAUGCAAUGACAUUCCACGGGGAAACACCACUCAUGCUAGGUGUAUACGGUUUGCAUCUCCAGGUGAUAAAGACCUUAGUAGAAAAUGGAGCACAAGUCGUUUUAAAAAACAACGAUAACGUUACCGUAUUACAUUGCCUCGUACAGGGAAUUCUACGGACACAUACAAUUUACUAUCACCACAGAGCAUAUAACAAGAACCCAUCAUUUGUCCCUGUUGGAGGACCAUUCAUGGAAAGAGCCACUUCCAAAGGGUUAUCUAGUGAAAGGAGUUAUCAUCUCAAUGCACACAUACCCAUUAUCGAAGACUUACCAAGCGACCUCUUACUUCUACCAUUUAAAUUAUUACAUAGAAUUAAGAAGGCCAUCACGAUACUCAAGUUUCUCAUAAUGCACUGUCCAUUGUACUUAUAUGAAGUCAAAGACAUAAAUGGAUACAACCCCUUUCAGAUGUUGAGGGCUUCAUGGAGGAGAGUUUGUGAGAAACGCAUAUGCAUGCUCGCCAACGCAGAUCUCAGGUUGUCUGCCUUUACUCACCAUCAGAAAAAUAUCAUCAUCCAAGGAUGGACCCUUAUCACAGCGUUGGUAAAUAUGCUAUUGUCUAUUUUACGCCCCGAUCGUUCAGUGCUCACUUCCAUCUACGCGAACUUCAUGGGGAAACAGGAGAUCACGCAAAUGGAAGAAUGCAAGGGGGGAGAAAAUUCCAGAACUGAGGAGGAGACUUCCCAACAGGAGGUGACCACUUCGCCAGGGGUGAGGUCCCCCCCUACCAACCCCCCGAAGGAACCCACGGCCCAGGCGAAUCCCCCGGGAGAAACCAAAUCUACCACGAGCGAAAAAGCUACCACGAGCGAAAAAGCUACCAUCGUACCGAAAAAAAUGGGGCCCAAGAAGGCAAAGAUGCCCCCCCCUCCAAAGAAGCAGUAG